UAGUCGCGAGCGUCUCGGUUUCCAUCGUGUCGUGUGUGUGGUGUGCCGAGCGCCUGUGUGAGUGUGUGUGUCUGUGUCAUUGCGAAUCGACAAAAUUCUAUUCCGCACACGGCGGAACGUGCAUACGGGUUGUUUAAUACAGCUGACACAAAAAAAUUACACCGUUUUGAGAGCGGACAGGAUCUAAAGAUGCCGCCACGGCCGGCGCGUUCCUUGGCGAUAGCCAUCGUCGUUGAAGUCCUUCGAUCGUCGGCCUUCGUAUAGUGUGUGUGUGUUGCGACGCGCGCGCGUUUAUACGGUGCGUUAAACGGUCGUGCCUAGCCCCUUAGGCGGUUACCCGCGUUCGUCGCACCAGAGCCGCGACACCAGCACCGACACAAGCGUCGGCGGCACCGGCAGUGCACGAACAAGACAAAGGAUCACGCACGCGGAUUCGUUGUGUCCGUUUGAGGCUGGGCCUCGACGAUGCCAUUAGGCUGGUUGGCCGGCACCGUCGACAAGCACGCCAACGUCCAGAGCCGCGUUACCGUCUUCAUUACCAUCGCCGACGGCAAGUUGAGUAACGUGGGCGCGCGUGACGAAUGGAGUGUGGCCGGACUGCGGACCGACGACAUCGACGCGACGUACACUACGCCGUGUGUACCACGUACGCGGCACGUCAUGUACCUGAAAUCAGUUGACAAUCCUAUCUGAAUGAUCCACCGCAGCGGUGUCUCUAAAGAUGAGUGUGCUUGUGCCGAUUGAGGGGGGCGAUCCGGCAGGGUCGGAAGGUGGAUCGCCAUCGUGCACGACCAGGCACAGGUUUACUCCGCCUGGGAACCCCAGCACGCCGACCACGCCACUGCCUGUGCCACCGGAUAAUACCGAACCCAGUGCGAUCAUCGAACCGCAGGGGCCGGUAACGCAGAAACACCACCCAUGUAUAUCUUGCUGGUGUUGCUGUUGUGGGUGCUCUUGUGUUAUUUUGCAUGCGAACAGGAGUAGGAUAUGCAAACUAUGGGAUCGUUUUUGCUUUGUAAAAGGGCAUCACCCAAAAUCGACAAAUGGGAACGGAUCUUCCGGCGGCAUAAUCGAAAAUCCUGUAGAGAUAAGGCCUCCAUUAGAAGAAAUACGGAGUUGGAGCAAAUCGUUCGACAGACUCCUCAAGUGUCCAGCGGGCAAAAAAAUAUUCCGAGAUUUCUUGCGGUGCGAAUACAGCGAAGAAAACAUAUUGUUUUGGAUGGCCGUGGAGGAACUGAAAAGAGAAUCUAAUCCAGAUGUAAUCGAGGAAAAAGCUCGGUUCAUUUACGAAGAUUACAUUUCGAUUCUAUCUCCCAAAGAGGUGAGCUUAGACUCACGCGUUCGUGAUAUAGUCAACAAAAACAUUAAUCAACCAUCGGCUCAUAUGUUUGAUGAAGCUCAGCUACAAAUUUACACGCUUAUGCAUAGGGAUUCUUAUCCUAGAUUUAUAAAUUCGACUCAGUACAAAAAAUUAGCCAAAAUUGAAAACGGAGCAACCGGCAACGCUCAAAACAGUGGCCAGCAAACCCCAACCAAACGCAAACAGAGCAAUAUAUGAAAGCAAAAUAGCCGAUUAUUUCAGGACAAUAUUCGCAGAGACUUUUCCUUUUCUGGAAAGUUCACAAAUCGGUUUUGCUGAGCGACUGUGGCCGUUUUCAAGGUCGUAUGGAUUGGGUUAGAAACGUCGUGCUUGGCAAAUCACCUAUAAACUCGCCCGGUUCAAAAUCGAGACGUCCCAUAACCGACUUCUUUCCCAGACACGCAUGAGAAGCAAAAAAUGUGAUCCGUUUGUUCAAAAAUAAUUUAAUAUAAAGUUUAGAAAAUAUUAAAACUGAUUGUUAACUCAAACGUGAUAAAAAUCCAAGUAAAAAAUAAUUCGCGGUUGUGGUGCCGUGAAAUAUUGUUAAGUAAACCCGUUAUAGUUAACAUAAUUUAGAUCUAGCGUGAAUCUAGAAGGAGCAAAGGCAAUAGCUUCAACUUAUUUAAUUAUACACUGCAGCAAAAUUUAAACUUUUUUUUGGAACAAUAACCAAAGUAAAACCAUUUUCAUAUGUGACUGAACUAGGCCUUGAAACCUACUCCCGGUCAAUAAAAAGCGGUACGCAAUAAUGGUGUUGUACAAUAUAUUAUGAUAUACAAUAUUUGACUUGCUAAAUUAGAAUCAUAUUUUCUUUAACGUUACAAAAAAAAAAAACAAA